AUGGACGGGGAGGAGGCUGCAGACCCCCCUGGGGCCGUGCCCACCCCGGUGUCCGUUCCCGGGGCAGGUGCUUUCGUGAUGCACGUUGCCAGCUCCUGCGCGCUGGCGGCCAACGGCUCCGAGCAGGGCUUCGACUUCACCCUGGUCUUCAACAAGAACCCGCUGGUGUGCUACGAGCCCAGCGCUCGCUUCUUCUACCCGUGCCACUGGGGGCUGCUGCACGGCGUCGCCACUGUCUUGGCCAUCCUCUUCAACAACAGCACCUUGGUGCAGCGCGUCGAGGCUCGGCGCCAGGCCUGCCACGACCUGGCCCCCCGCUACUGGGCUCAGACGGCGCUGCGGCGGACGCCGCCCCAGGUCCGCGUUGUCCCUACGCCCCUCACCAAUGUCCCUGAUGCCGUCCUCCUCACCUGCCACGUGUGGGGCUUCUACCCGCCCGAGGUGACCAUCCAGUGGCUGCACAACGGCGACGUCGUGGCCUCGGGGGACACCGCCAAGCUCCUGCCAGCCGGUGACUGGACCUACCAGACGCAGGUGGCCCUGACGGCCACCACCACGACUGGGGACACCUACACGUGCUCGGUGCAGCACGCCAGCCUGGAGCAGCCCCUCCGGGAGAACUGGAGUCCUGGUUUGUCCCACGAGAUGACGGUGAUGGUGGCGGUGGCAGCCACGAUUAUGACUGUGGGGCUGGUGGUCCUGGCCGCCGGCACCUUUGUCUACUGCCACCAGCCUCGGGCUUGGGGCAUCCUUCCUCAUUCAUCUUCUUAG